GGGGAGGAGUGCAAGGACCACGAGGCUGUUUCAUUAAAAUUGGGAUACAGACAAAACGCGGGUCGCAGGACACCGGAUACGGCUGUGUGCGUAUGUGUACCGCAUCCAUUCAGGAGACUACAAAGAAAAGGGACGGAAGACAUUUUUCAGUGGUGACUUUCUCGACAAAAUCCUAAAAAGGACAAAACGGUUCGGUUCUUUUUUCGGUUUCUCGGCUUUCGAUUUCAGGGUAGUUCCUCAAACUCCCAGUACCAGAACAAGAUGAUGAAAUUUAAGAACAAGUCAAAUAUCCCGCGUUCUUUCGCUCUUAAUCGCCAAAUAAUAAGGAACACCACAAAAACAUAUGCACGAGGUGGCGAAAGCGAAGCGAGAAUUCGACACCAGAUGACAAGGACAACGCCACGCACAUGGCGGCAAGGAUACAACAAGGAUACAGGAUACUGCCAACCGGAAAUUAAACUAUCAACACUAGCCACCGCAGCAAAACAAAACUGAGCUAUAACUAUUAGCGUGGUUUCUCUGUUGGGAGGAAGAAAAAUAAAACAGGACACAAUGGCGGCAACGAUAACGGAAUCGGGAACAGGCCCUGCGGCCACGAGGGAAUUUGUCGAGGGUUGGACUUUGGCCCAAACUCUGGGCGAAGGUGCCUACGGCGAGGUAAAGCUGCUAAUCAACCGACAGACUGGAGAGGCAGUGGCCAUGAAAAUGGUUGAUCUAAAGAAGCAUCCGGAUGCUGCGAACUCGGUGCGAAAAGAGGUUUGCAUACAAAAGAUGCUCCAGGAUACCCAUAUCCUACGUUUUUUUGGCAAGCGUUCGCAAGGCACCGUGGAGUACAUUUUCCUGGAAUAUGCCGCCGGCGGAGAGUUGUUUGAUCGAAUCGAGCCCGAUGUGGGAAUGCCACAGCAUGAGGCACAAAGAUAUUUCACACAGCUCUUGUCCGGACUCAACUAUCUGCAUCAGCGUGGGAUUGCCCAUCGGGAUCUGAAGCCGGAAAAUCUCCUACUCGAUGAGCACGACAAUGUGAAAAUAUCGGACUUUGGAAUGGCCACCAUGUUCAGGUGCAAGGGCAAGGAGCGACUGCUGGACAAACGUUGCGGCACCUUGCCGUAUGUAGCACCGGAGGUUCUCCUAAAGGCAUAUCAUGCCCAGCCUGCUGAUCUCUGGUCAUGUGGCGUUAUACUGGUUACUAUGUUGGCUGGCGAAUUGCCCUGGGAUCAGCCUUCCAUCAAUUGCACAGAGUUUAUCAACUGGAAGGACAAUGAUCACUGGCAAUUGCAGACUCCUUGGAGCAAACUGGACACAUUGGCUAUAUCACUGCUUCGCAAACUGUUGGCCACAAGUCCUGGCACACGUUUGACUCUGGAGAAAACCCUGGAUCACAAAUGGUGCAACAUGCAAUUUGCAGAUAAUGAACGUUCCUAUGACCUGGUAGACUCAGCAGCUGCCCUGGAGAUUUGCUCGCCAAAGGCUAAGCGUCAGCGUCUGCAGUCGAGUGCCCAUUUGAGCAAUGGCCUGGAUGACUCCAUCUCCCGAAACUAUUGCUCUCAGCCUAUGCCAACCAUGCGUAGUGAUGAUGACUUUAAUAUGAGACUAGGCAGCGGAAGGUCCAAAGAUGAUAACGGUGAUCGACAGGCUUUGGCUCAGGAGGCACGGCUCAGUUACUCCUUCUCCCAGCCAGCACUGCUCGACGAUCUCCUGUUGGCUACGCAAAUGAACCAAACGCAGAACGCCUCGCAGAACUAUUUCCAGAGGUUAGUGAGGAGAAUGACCAGAUUCUUUGUAACCACGCGAUGGGACGACACUAUCAAGCGUUUGGUGGGAACCAUCGAAAGACUGGGUGGCUAUACGUGCAAAGUCGGUGAAGAUGGAGUGGUAACCGUUUCCACCGUUGAUCGGAAUAAGCUGCGAUUGGUUUUCAAAGCCCACAUCAUCGAAAUGGAUGGAAAGAUUCUUGUGGACUUCCGGCUGUCAAAGGGCUGCGGUUUAGAAUUCAAGCGACGCUUCAUCAAGAUCAAGAAUGCUCUGGAGGAUAUUGUGCUUAAGGGACCCACCACAUGGCCCAUUGCGAUUGCAACCAAUUCGGUGCCUUAGCUUAUAUAAGUUUUUUGACCUUUAGAACUCUCUUAACUAUUGUUAGAGUUAUUUUUGUUUAACUCAUGCAUCACCUUUAAUUAUAUUUAACUAAACUUCUCCAUGUGCUAACUUAUUUUUAAUUUUGUUAAGCGGGCUCUCCUACGAUUUUAUUUUGUUGAAUUUUAAAACGAAAGUUGAGUAUUGAAAGCUUUAUUGAAAAAUAAAUCUAAGAAGAUUUUGAAUAAAA